AUGCCUCCACCUAAUCCAAAUGUUGUUGCACCGCCUAAACCUACUCAAUUGCCAGCUCAACCCAUGCCAAAUUCUAAGAAUAAACAACCACAACAACAACAAGUUUAUGCUAUGGAUCUAAAUCAAUACCAUACCUAUGUUGUUAGUAUAAGUGAUAUCCAUUUAAGGUUUGGGACAACUCUUCUUGCACCUUCACCUCCAGUUAUAAUUGAAAUGCCUGAUGAAGGUCAUAUCUACCAAAGUGUCAAAAAUUCACCAAUUCCAUCAAGGCUAGAACAACAAGAAUCAAGCAAUAUACCUCCAUUUCCUCAAAGAUUAGAGGCAGAGCCAACCAAACAAAAAGAAGAACCCAUAUUUGAUAUAAUGGAUCAAUUAAAGAACAUAUGUGUCAAGAUUCCCUUAUUUCAAGCAAUAAAGGAUGUUCCAAUAUAUGGAAAGGCAAUUAAGGAAGGUUGCUUGAAAAAUCUAGGGAGAAAGGAGAAAGAUCCACCUACGGUUCAUGUUGUAGGCCAAUUAGCAGACCUUGUGUUCGGGAAAUUUUCUAUCCCUAAGUAUUUAGACCCAGGAAGUUCUCUUGUAGCAGUAGUUAUCAAUGGAGUUCAACUUCAGAAUGCUCUUAUUGACCUUGGGACAGCUAUAAAUGUUAUGACAAAGGAUAUGAUGCAGAAACUCAAUAUCACUAAUCUGAGGACUACAACUAGUGUCCUACAACUUGCAUACAGUUCUACUGUUACACCAGAUGGUAUGGUGGAAGAUCUUGUAGUAACACUGGAUUCCUGGGAAUAUCCAGCUGACUUUGUCAUUCUCUCACCCAAAGAAACUUUAGGAGGCUAUCCUAUUAUCUUGGUGACUGGGCGUACGGUUGUUGACCGCGGGCCAGUGGUCGCCUGCCACGUGGCGGGCGUGUGUCCGCCGGUUUUGAGGACCGUUGGUGGGAGGAAAGCAUCGCCGGGAGAAGGAGUUACCGGCGGGCCGGGAGCGAAGGGGGCCGGCGGCGGGAGCGGGUUGGCCGACGGAGUUUCUGGGUGGCCGACAGGAGGUCUGGGCGGCCGGUGGUGUGUCUGGGCGGCCAGCGGGAGGUGCUUGGGUGGCCGACGGUGUGUCUGGGUUGCCGGCGGGAGGUGCCUCUGA